AUGGCGAAAGACCCUUUCCGCAAAAUCGAGAAGUGGGGAGACAUCGAUGAGGCUUCGGCGGAGCCGGAACAGGGCUUCGGUCCAUGCAUUUGGAACGUGGAACAGAACAGACAGCUGCAGUCCUGUCCAGCGGAUGGCUCCAAGACACCCUUGGAGAUCCUCACGAAAACCAAGGAGAAAUAUGGAGAAUCCAAGGCUGCUGGAUGGCGUGAUGUCGUCAAGGUUCAUUUCAUUGAGGAGGGUGGAUCGAAACGCGAAAAGAUUGAACUGAAGAAUGAGUAUCAGUGGCUGUCCUUGAAUCAAUACUACACACGUGUGACCAACUUGGCCAAAGGUAUGGCGGCUGCAGGUGUUGAAGAAAACGCUCGGGUGGUGAUUUUUGCUGAGACCCAAUUGAACUGGAUGGUGGCUGCGUUUGCCACCUGGUUCCUGAAGGGACAGGUGGUGACCAUUUAUGCGACCCUAGGUGAGGAAGGCGCCAGCCAUGGAUUCAAUGAGACACAGGCAAGCACUGCAGUGGUUGAUGCCAAGCUUUUGAAGACGUUGCUGAAGGUUCUACCGCAGUGUAAGAGCAUUAAGCGAAUCAUCACCAUGACACCCCCAGAGGAUGCUGUGGCCAAACAGCUCAAAGAUGCUGGCGUGGAGGUUCAGACCAUUGACGAGUGCAUCGAAAACGGAGCCAAGUCUGAGAAGGAGUUGCCGACCAGCCCCGAUCCGGAGGAUAUUGCCGUGAUCAUGUACACCUCUGGUACCACGGGGACUCCCAAAGGAGUGCUCAUCAAUCACGCGAACCUCACAGCAAUCUCCGUUGGUGCAGGGGAACGAUUCGAUGGCAUUGUGAAUGCCGGGGAUGUGUACUUGGCAUACCUGCCCUUGGCACACAUCAUGGAAAUGGCUGCUGAGGUGGCUCUCCUUGGGUUGGGUAUCGCCUUGGGCUAUGGCAGUCCGCACACCUUGACGGACACCGGUGUGAAGCUGAAACGCCCAGAGUCGUCCGGCGAUGCCAUCGUCUUGCAACCUCACUUUAUGGUGUUUGCACCUGCAGUUCUGGACAAGGUCUACAAGGGAAUUCUUGCGAAACGUGAGGGUGCAGGAUACAUUGGUCAGACCCUUUUCGACUGGGGACUUGCGUCCGGCGAACGGUCCUUUGCACGGGGUGGGAUUGGAGCAAACUUUGUAUACAACGGCUUGGUCUUCAAGAAGGUACAGAACCUCAUGGGAGGCAGACUCAAAGCGGCUGUGACAGGUUCUGCUCCCCUCUCAGCGGAAAUCCAGAAGUUCAUCCAAACCGUGUUGAACGUCCCCGUGCGUCAGGGCUACGGCCUCACGGAGACCUGUGCCGGAAGUGUCAUCCAGCCGUGGUCGGACAACAGCACUGGUUCGGUGGGUGUGCCCACGGUGUGCACGGUGAUUCGCCUGGCUGAUUGGCCUGAGGGAGGCUAUUCCAACUCUGACAAGGACAAGCCGGAGAUUGGCCUACGCCGCGGAGAAGUUCUCAUAGGUGGUUCUUCAGUGUCGCAAGGCUAUUUUAUCAGCGAGCAUGCACCCAAUGAGGAACUGAAGAAGAAGAAUGAGGAGGAUUGGGUGACCAUCAAGGGACAGCGCUUCUUCAGGACAGGUGACAUUGGACAAAUCAACAAGGACGGAUCUCUCUCCAUCAUCGACCGCAAGAAGGACUUGUGGAAGGGUCCCAAUGGCGAGUACGUGGCCCUGACCAAGGUAGAAGCUGCAUUGAAGCUGGUGGAAUGUGUGGAAAUGCCGAUGGUUUAUGGAAAGACCGGUGGCAGCUAUCCCGUUGCUUUGAUUUGCCCCGUGAAGCCAAGCCUGGAAAAGCUGGCGCAGCAGCUGGGCGUGACCGGAGAUUUCCAGGCGAUGUGUGCGAACGACAAGGUGGUUGCAAAGGUCUUUGCUGACUGCAAAGCCAAGUGCAAAGAGAUGAAGUUGGUCGAGUUCGAAAUCCCUCAAAGGAUUUGCUUGGUCUCAGACCCAUGGACUCCUGAGAAUGACCUGUUGACCGCUGCCAUGAAACUCAAGCGGCCCAUCAUUGCUGACAAGCACAAGGAAGACAUUGCGAAGCUGUACUCCUGA